GCCCGACCAUUGGAGGCUGCGGGCGACCCCGCCCGCUAGGUGAAGGUGAGAGUCUCCUCCGGUCCCUGAGCGCAGAUUUCACCCAACUGCUCCUGGCCGGGUCGUGUGAUCGCUAUGGCUCCUCCGUCAGUGUUUGCGGAGGUUCCGCAAGCCCAGCCGGUCCUGGUCUUUAAGCUCACUGCUGACUUCCGGGAGGAUCCCGACCCCCGCAAGGUCAACCUGGGCGUGGGGGCUUACCGUACAGAUGCUUGCCAGCCCUGGGUCUUGCCAGUUGUGAGGAAGGUGGAGCAGAAGAUUGCCAACGACAGUAGUCUCAACCACGAGUAUCUGCCCAUCCUGGGCCUGGCAGAGUUCCGGACCAGUGCUUCUCGCCUUGCCCUUGGGGAUGACAGCCCAGCUCUCAAGGAGAAGCGGGUAGGAGGUGUGCAGUCUCUUGGAGGAACAGGUGCACUGCGAAUUGGAGCUGAGUUCUUAGCCCAAUGGUACAAUGGGACAGACAACAAGGACACACCCGUCUAUGUGUCCUCACCGACCUGGGAGAACCAUAAUGGUGUAUUUGCCACUGCUGGUUUUAAAGACAUUCGGUCCUAUCGCUACUGGGAUGCAGAGAAGAGAGGACUUGACCUCCAGGGUUUCCUGAGUGAUCUAGAGAAUGCUCCUGAGUUCUCCAUCAUUGUCCUCCACGCUUGCGCGCACAAUCCCACCGGGACCGACCCGACUCCGGAGCAGUGGAAGCAGAUCGCUUCCGUCAUGAAGCGCCGGUUUCUUUUCCCCUUCUUUGACUCAGCCUAUCAGGGCUUUGCAUCUGGAGACCUGGAGAAAGAUGCCUGGGCCGUUCGCUAUUUUGUGUCUGAAGGCUUUGAGCUCUUCUGUGCCCAGUCCUUCUCCAAGAACUUCGGGCUCUACAAUGAGCGUGUAGGAAAUCUGACCGUGGUUGGAAAAGAAUCUGACAGCAUCCUGCGAGUCCUUUCCCAGAUGGAGAAGAUUGUGCGGGUUACCUGGUCCAACCCUCCCGCCCAGGGAGCGCGGAUCGUGGCCUCUACCCUGUCUGACCCCGAGCUCUUUAAGGAAUGGACAGGUAAUGUGAAGACAAUGGCUGACCGGAUUCUGACCAUGCGAUCAGAACUCAGGGCACGAUUAGAAGCCCUCAAGACUCCUGGGACAUGGACUCACAUCACUGAGCAGAUUGGCAUGUUCAGCUUCACUGGCUUGAACCCCAAGCAGGUUGAGUAUCUGGUCAACGAAAAGCACAUCUAUCUUCUGCCAAGUGGUCGGAUCAACAUGUGUGGUUUAACCACCAAAAAUCUAGAUUACGUGGCUACCUCCAUCCAUGAGGCAGUCACCAAAGUCCAAUGAAGAAACACCAUCCAGUCCACACCACCAAAGUGUUCGGUGUCACAUGUGUCCCUGCCUGCACAGACCUAGUUGUACAUAUCAUGGAUCAGAGCCGACCAGAGGACUACAAAGCCACCCUGGGACACUGACCUCUGUUUCAGCUGGCCCAUGUGACGAGAACAUCCUUGAAAGAAAUUGGGAGCCAGGGAUUAGAGCCUGUUGGAGGCCAGGCAAAUUAAGGUUUUUAUUUAAGAAUAAUUAACGUUUGAUCACCAGACGUAGAUUCCUUGCUAGAUGCGGGAGUACCGCCCACGUUGUUCAUGGGUUCUGCAUGUUGCUUAACUCUGUACAAAGUCUAGUCCAAAGGCCAAGUUAUCUGAAGGAACCAUUGUGACUGUGAGUGUUGACUGUGGCAUUAAAACUCUUCAUUUCCACCUUGUCUGCUGUUCUUUCUGCAUGGUUUUGUCCCUUGUCUGAAACUUUAAUUCUUUAGGGUGACUGCAAUAAGAAGUAUCUACAUCAUGAUGCACACGGCGUAUUCACCUAUUUAACUGAAACAAGGGUUUCACGAAAUAGUAUUUCCUCUUGCAAUGUGUAGUGCAGUCUGAUAUUUCCUAGUACAUUCUAUUCUAUUUUGUUCUGUUUCACUGGAAAAAAAAUAAAAUAAAAUGCUGAACAAGA